AUGGCUGUCUUAUUUCUCCUUUCUCCCCUGCAGGCUGAGCUCACAGGCAUCAAAUGGCGUAGGUACAACUUUGAAGGCCACGGGGACUGCGGCCCCAUCAUCUCAGCCCCGGCCCAGGACGAUCCCAUCCUGCUGAGCUUCAUCCGCUGCCUGCAGGCCAACCUGCUCUGCGUCUGGCGCCGCGACGUCCGCCCCGACUGCAAGGAGCUCUGGAUCUUCUGGUGGGGGGACGAGCCCAACCUCGUCGAUGUCAUCCACCGCGAGCUCCACAUGGUGGAAGAAGGACUGUGGGAGAAUGGACUUUCCUAUGAGUGUAGGACCCUGCUCUUCAAAGCAAUUCAUAAUCUCCUGGAAAGGUGCUUGAUGGAUAAAAACUUUGUAAGAAUUGGAAAAUGGUUCAUAAGACCCUAUGACAAGGAUGAAAAGCCUGUUAAUAAAAGUGAGCACUUGUCAUGUGCCUUCACGUUCUUUCUUCACGGGGAGAGCAACGUGUGCACGAGCGUGGAGAUUGCCCAGCACCAGCCCAUCUACCUGAUCAAUGAAGAGCACAUCCAGAUGGCCCAGUCCUCACCAUCACCCUUCCAAGUUCUGGUGAGCCCUUAUGGCCUCAACGGGACGCUGACGGGCCAGUCCUACAAGAUGUCAGACCCAGCAACUCGAAAGCUGAUGGAGGAGUGGCAGUACUUCUACCCCAUGGUGCUGAAGAAAAAAGAAGGCAUGAAAGAGGAAGAAGAGCUGGGAUACGACAACGAUUUCCCCGUGGCAGUUGAAGUCAUUGUUGGUGGUGUAAGGAUGGUGUAUCCUUCAGCCUUUGUUCUCAUCUCCCAGAGUGACAUCCCCAUGUCACAGAACGCUGCCAAUACUGGAGGCCAUAUAAAUGUGGGACAGCAGGGGCUUGGAAGCAUGAAAGAUCCUGCUAGUACCUGUGGGAUGCCACUCACUCCUCCCACUUCUCCAGAGCAGGCUGUUAUGGGAGAAAGUGGAUGCUCUCAGAGCAGUGUGAGCCAUUCAGCUGUACAGGAGGGGACAGUCAGUGUACACAGUCCAAAGAAAUCAGGCAAGAUUACUCCAAAAUUUCACAAUCAGAUGGUUCACCGUGUCUGGAAGGAAUGCAUCCUCAACAGAUCACAAUCCAAGAGGAACCAAAUCACAACUGCAAAUUUGGAAGAGGAAGGUCCUAACAACACUGUUUCUUGGGAUUUUGUGGAUCCAGUCCAAAGAGUCAGUUGUUCUUGCUCCAGGCACAAGGUUUUCAAACAGCGUUGUGCUGCUGGCUCCAGCCGUCCCCCGACGAUAAAUCAGCCGGGAUUCAACGUGGGAACAUCAUCAUCCUCCUCCUCCUCAUCUUCAGCAUUGCCACCUCCCGCCUCCUCAAAGCACAAAACAGCAGAGAGACAGGAAAAAGGAGAUAAACUGCAAAAAAGGCCUAUGAUGCCAUUUCACCAUCGACCCUCUGUGACUGAAGAGCUAUGCAUGGAGCAGGACACGCCGGGGCAGAAGCUGGGGCUGGCAGGCAUGGAGCCCUCUCUAGAAGUCCCCAGUUCCAGAAAAUACGAGAAGCCGCUCUCUCUACCUGCUCGAAACCCAAGCAAGCCAAUGAGUAUGAAUCCUAUGGAUUCACCCCGUUCCCCCACCUCCCCUCUGCCUCCCACGCUCAGCCCUCAGCCCAGAGGUCAGGAAGCAGAGAACCUGGACCCACCUUCUGUACCAGUGAACCCAGCACUCUAUGGCAGCGGGCCGGGUAGGACAGUCCUGGUUGGACAGAGGUUGCCUCUGAUGGCAGAGGUCAGUGAGACAGCAUUAUACUGUGGGAUAAUCCAGAACAAUGAGUCGCCAGACAUGUGGAGGGCCUAUAAUGUCCCGUUAAGUGACGACCUGGAGUUCAGGCCACCAGAUCUCCCGUGUGAGAGAUACGAUGCCAAGGUGGAAAUGAACUCGGACAGCACUGCACUGAAAAGGCUCUUAGCACAACCUAAUAAACGGUUUAAAAUUUUGGAAGAGCAGAAGCCAGUGCAGACACUGAACUAUCUUGACCCCCUGUCACUCAUCCAGCAGCCUGGAGAAGGCUUGGGAGACGCGAGUGAUCCUUACACUUUUGAAGAUGGUGAUAUAAAGUACAGCUUCACUGGCAAUAAAAAAUGCAAACUUGGGGCUGAGAAAGAUCCUCUGAAGAAGAACAAGUCAGAAGAUGGAAUUGGUACCAAGGAAAUUCCCACAACGGGUCACUCUACACCAGUUCCUGAUGGAAAAGAUGCCAUGUCUAUUUUCAGUUCUGCUCCUAAGACCGAUACCCGGCAAGACAAUGCUGCAGGCAGAGUGGGCUCUGGUAGCCUCACACAGGUGACAGAUCUGGCACCGUCGCUUCAUGAUCUAGAUAAUAUCUUUGAUAAUUCAGAUGAAGAUGAGCUUGGUGCUGUAUCACCAGCUCUUCGGUCCUCCAAGUUGCCUGCAGCAGGGUCUGAGGAACGCCCCGUGGGGAAGGAUGGCAGAACAGCAGUUCCUUACCCACCAACUGUGGCAGAUCUCCAGAGGAUGUUCCCAACACCACCUUCUUUAGAACAACACCCUGCCUUCUCCCCAGUCAUGAGUUACAAAGAUGGAGUAAGUUCGGAGACCGUGACUACCUUGGGGAUGAUGGAAAGUCCUAUGGUCAACAUGGUUCCAGCACAGCUUACUGAGUUUAAAAUGGAGGUGGAAGAUGGAUUAGGCAGCCCUAAACCUGAAGAAAUUAAGGAUUUUUCGUACGUGCACAAAAUUCCAUCAUUUCAACCUUUUGUGGGCUCCUCCUUGUUUGCUCCACUGAAGAUGCUGCCAAGCCAGUGCCUCCUACCUCUGAAGAUACCAGAUGCCUGCAUUUUCAGGCCUUCUUGGGCUGUUCCUCCUAAAAUUGAACAACUUCCUUUGCCGCCUGCAGCCACUUUCAUUAGGGAUGGCUACAACAAUGUGCCUAGCGUUGGGAGUCUGGCCGACCAGGACUAUCUCCAGAUGAGCACCCCUCAGAUGAACACCCCGGUGGCGCUGAACAGCGCCGCCCCGGCCAGCAACAGCGGGGCUGGAGUCCUGCCCUCCCCGGCCACCCCCCGCUUCUCCGUCCCU